GCGACGCGAAGAAAGUUUCAUUUAGUAAUGACUAGAAAGAUAAAAGAUACGUAUCUCUCGAUUUAUGGUCAAUCUUUGUUACGCUUAGUUCAGAUACCCCAGUAACCAGCUCAAGAGCGGUAUAUUAUAGCUACACUGCUGUACGGAAACAAGGCUUUUGAAGAAACUUUAGAUAUAACUGGUUAAUUUAUUCAUUUGGAUUGAAUCACAGAAACUCUAUGAUGGAUCUGAUGUGGCUUUUAUUCAUCGCAGCGAGUUUCUGCGCUUUGCUCGCCUCUGCUGAGAGACACACUGUUUUCUGGAAUAGUACCAACUCUAAGUUCCGAUGGGACAACUAUGCGGUUGAGGUACGCCUGAACGACUACCUGGACAUCGUUUGUCCUCAUUACCCAUUGGGCGAAGUGCCAUCACAGGACGCCGAGCGCUACGUGCUCUACAUGGUGGAACGCGAAGACUAUGACACCUGCCGUCCGCAAUCCUACGAUCAGAUGCGUUGGGAAUGCGGCCACCCUUUUGCCCCACACGCGCCUGAGAAGUUCUCCGAGAAGUUCCAGCGCUUCACACCAUUCACUCUGGGAAAAGAGUUCCGACAGGGCGAGAGCUACUACUACAUCUCCAAACCGCUGCACCACCACGGACAGGACUGUCUGAAACUCCGGGUGGAUGUAGUUGCCAAUGAUGGUUCUCAAGAAGCCAGGGUUAGCACAGGAGGCGAAGCCAAGGUGGGCACAGGGGGAGGAGCUCACACACCGUCUAAUCGGUUACCAGCAGAUGAUCCUGUUGUGGCUCUUCCUGAAGUACAGAAAAGCAAGCGGACAAACUCUGCCAUUUCAGUAGCAUCCUGGACUGUCCUCACAACCUUACUCCCCAUUUUAUUAUUACUGGUCUUACAGUGAGAUGAACAUUGGACUAAAUUACACUUACAAAAGACAGCAGCCUGUGUUGAUGGAAGCACACAGGGUUAGCUCUUUACAUCCCAGUGCUGGCCAUUGGGAGACGCAUACAGGAAGUGGAGCACAAGUGGGCCGGUGGAGAAGCGUAACUGGAAUGAAGAGAUCUUUGAACAUUCUGGCACUUCUAAAGAAACCAAACGAGACGUCAGUAUUUUUCUGGAAAUAUUGUUCAUGCAAACUACACAAUGCCGGACUACACAAAACCUGGAUAAGAACAAACUGAAACAGUAAUGCAGAAUUUGAAAUAGCACAUACUUGGACAACCCCUUUAUUUGAGUGUCAUAAUGAGGGGACGCAAGCCAAGAUUGAGCCAAAGAGUUAACCACAGAGCUUCUCACACAGGAGCAGAGCGAUCAAACCUUUCAUUGUUUUCUCAUGUUUUGUUGAUCCAGAGAAAUAAUCGAGUUUCGAAUUAAUUUAUGUAGCAUUAACUCAGUGGGUUUUAUUCUCACAAUUUUCUCAUGAUUUUAUAAGACUGUGUGCUGUACCUUUAUUUAAACCUGGAAAUGCAGCACGGAACACACACAACCCCCUUUCCCACUGAAAUGGUGCUGGUUCCUGUGACAGGACAUCUGUGGAAAUGAGUAGAGGAUGUCAGAUUGGGCGCCCUCACCCUGUCAGCAGAAAACGGGGGCAUCCAAUACUGUUUACCAAACCCACUGACACACUUCCAUUCACAAAUGCUGUGUUGUUUUUGUACAUUCGUUGUUUAAAGAGUAAGUAAAUUAUUAGGUUUGCUGCAGAAAAAAUGACUGUAUAUACUGAGCAAAAAUGUUUACUCUGUGAUAGAGAACGAGGAAAUGAGACGCAAGAGAGGAGACACUUGUUGGAUUCAUCUGUAUGUUGAUGUGUAGAUGAAAGACAGAAAGAAAAGCAGGAAAUGUUGAUAUGUCCAGAAACACAUGCUGCCUCUCAAAUGUGUAUGUGUGUGUGUGUAUGUUAGCAGAGGAGAAGUGUUGGUCUGUCCCAGAACAGUGGGUCAGAUCAGUACCCUCAGCAUUUAAACUGCAUACAAUCACUUACACAUCAUGAAUGGACAACUGGAAGCCAGCAAAAGGGUUUUAACACAGAAAACAACCCAACUGAUUUGUAUUGGUAAUUGGGUAAAUAAAAGGAUAAAUAAAAAUCAAUAUAAAAUAAAUAAAUAAAUAAAUAAAUAAUUAAUGAUAGAACAUGACAUUUAAAAUCAUUAAAUUGC